AUGUAUCCUCAGACACCCAUUGGAUACUCGGCGCCAAUGGUGUUCAGCCAUGGCGGCUCCAAUCCUGGAGAUGGACUCGACGAGUACUAUGCCAGUAUGCAGCCUCAGUGGACCGCACUCGAUACUUCACCUUAUACAGGUGUCAGCCAUCCUUAUACCACCGCAGCAGCUUUCCCGACUGGUGCCAUCUUGACUCCGAUCAGCCUUCCGGAUAGCUCCUUCAGACCAAGCCCGGUGCUCAGUCAUCAUUCACAAGAAUUCCACUACAACGUUCCCGAGUCUGUCCCACCACAAGGCCUGGGCAUCACCGCACCCUUUCCCAGCAGUUUCCCCCGUACAGUCACAGCAGGUUUGGGACAUACAUCAGAGGAACCCGACUUUGGCUUCAGCGAAGCCAUCCUAUCACCUCAACCGCCACCCGCGAAAAGGGCCCGACGUGGACCCAAGCAGGCAGUCACACCCCGGGAAGCACCGGUUACAAUACUACCUAAUCCUGAAGGGCUCCAGCGCAUGGAGCAAGAGCGACGACAAGGGGCAACCGACGCUCAAAACAGCCAAAGGCCCCGGGCUCCGGGUCGGGGGAGGAGAGACCCGCAAGCUGAGGAGGAAGACGCAUUUGUGGAGCGGCUUCGGGAGCAGAAUCUAGCCUGGAAAGUAAUCCGGGAGAUGUUCCGGAACAAGUUCCACAAAGAUGCCUCGGAGGCACGUCUGCAAAUGCGCAUGUUGCGGCGACGGAAGGAGCGGUUGGCACGGUGGGAUGAGAAUGAUGUGAGUACGUGCGCCCGAGCUGUCGCAAAUUGUCAACUAAUUAACGAUCAAGUCAUCCAGAUCCGACUGCUCAUAAGAGCGCGGGAGUACUGGGAGCAUGAGAAAUACAACGUAAUUGCACAAAAGAUGAAGGAGUUCGGAGCGGGACCAUACACUCCAGAGCAAUGUGAAGCCCAACUGCGAUACCUCGAUGCACAAAACCGGGAGCGUAGCACUGGUCCGCGGACACGAAUACCUGAUCCUCAGCAACCGCGAAAGCGAUCAUGGUCAAAUUUGGCCUCCAGUGUGGCCAGUGGUAGUACGAAGUAG